AUGGGCCUGCUCAAGAGCGUCAAAAGCGCCGUCAGGAGGGUUGGCAGCAAACGCAUGAAGGAGGGCAAUAGAGAGAAAAAGGAGACAAGCUCAAGCGGCACACCCAAGUCUGCGCUUGGUGGCGAUGGGCUAGCAGAAGAAGAGAAGACCCCGGCGGAAUCAGAGCCUCCCGAUAAAGCCAAAAUGAAACUACAACCCUACGUCGAAUCAGUUGCAGACGAAUCUGAGCUAGACGCGCAGACAGGGUCGGAUCCGCAACAGUCGAUGGAAUACUUGCCUCUCUCGCAAAAGUUUCAAGACAAGCAAUCGCCUCUGCCCCAGCUACGAACGCAUACACAGCUUAACCGUGGGACACCGCGAAGUUCCGAACCAGCAAAAUGUGGUCUUGACUGCGAAUCUGAUGAAGAGUCUGAUGUUUCAGAGGCAGACUUGAACCGAGGCUCAGAUCCGCAGGCAACCCACUCGAAAAGAUCCAUGAGAGAACAGGGCCAGCAGCAGCGUCGUUACUCCUCGCCUCGAAGUGGGUCAUCUGUUGAGCCUUACAGGUUUCCCUUCCAGAGCGGUGGCGGGCCCGAAGAUCAGCAAAGCUUCUAUUCUGGUGCUGAUAAGGCUCCCAGCCCCAAGGCCUCCAGCUAUCGUGGCCACGGUCGCGUGGAUUCACAUGCCUCGCCGAUCGUGGAGGAUCAUCGCUACAACCCCUCGAUUAGAGCUGAGGUCGUCCGUGAGCAAACGGUGUCGCGGGACGGGUUGCGAAGGCCCACCCUGCGGUCUCAGCGAACGUCUCCUCGCCCAGAACAGCCCCAGUACCACAGUUUUGGAGAUCUUGGUAGUGUCAAUGAUCACGAAUUUUUGUUCUCAGCUCCACAACGCAAGCUCAGCGAUGAGCCGGUCAGCCCUACAUCGGUCCCGGAGAGCAAAGACACCACAGAUAUAUCCACCCAAAAACCACCCAGAGCAGAGAGCGUCAUCGACUCCGGCGACUCCACUGUUUCUGAUACCGAUUCUAGCGAGUCGGACGCCUCGUCGGACGCCGAAUCCGAGGCGUCGGGGUCGGUGCUCGCCGUGCCAAGGCAGCCUCAGGAACGCACUCGCACGGCUUCCAUGCCUGCAAUGCAAAGGCACAGCGGUUCCCAGGAGCGUAAUGCUUCUUUUGAUACUGUGUGCUCAGCGGAGUGGAUGAAGGGUGGGCCGCCCUCAUCCUUCUAUCCCCACUCGGACGACCCGGCCGAUCCCGCGGCCCCGGACAGGCAUGUUGCCAGCCACCCCCUGCAACCGCGUUAUACGCCCGCGGGCGCUGGCAGCGCGUUUCAAGCAUAUUCACCUGCCAAUAAUCCGCAUGUUCGCCGUGCUAGAGCUAGUUGUUCUGCGUUUCCCAGUCGAGAGGAAGUGGAACGGCGCGUGGCGAGAGCCACAGACGAGAAACGACGUAACGAAGUCAUCAAGCGAGGGCAAGACCAGCUGAUUGAAGAAAGGCGCCGUCAAAAACGAGAAAAGGAAAUCUACGCUGGUCGUAUCGCCGAGCUUGAAUACGAGAAGAGCCGGCUGGUUAGAGAUUACAGCGAAGCAUCCCUGAAAAACGGCGAGCUCGAGAAGAGAGUCGCCAACAUAUCGACGCGCUUUCUCGAACAACGGCGCAAGCUUACAGAGCUGGAGCUGUGUCAGCGCGGCUGGGAGGACUUCGAGGCGCAGCUCAAAAAUAACGCGCACGGGCUGCUCACUCCGCCCGACACCGCGUCAUCGAGAUCAACACCGGGGAAUCCAGAGCGAGUCAGAGCUUGGGCUGAGACCCUGGCGGACCCAACUUUACACAACACGGAAACCCCGGCAGCUCCGGAGACUUUCCAAAAACACGAGCCUGCGCAUGAGGAUGGUGGGCCGGCCCGAACUAUUGAUGGAACAAUCAUCAAUGCUCUCCAAGAACCUUUAGACCCGGCCAGCACCAAAUCUUCCUCGGAUUUCUCUGCUUUACAGAACCAGCCCUGCCACGAACUCCAGCCUGAAAUUCCAACGACUCGGCCGCGACGUUUGGCUCUGAGCAACAACCAUGCCAUCGACCCGAGCCUGGGCUGA